AUGAAGAAUUUGGAACAAUCAAAUCAAAGGGACUUCGACGUCGUCGGACCAAGAACGCCUGCCGCCCUGUCCUUCCAUCAUUCUGGUUCACGUGGAGGGAAACUAGAAGAACAGCAGCGUGGUACUGCACUGCAGCACUAAGAUCUUCACGGCGUGUCCUUCUCCCUGCCUGCGACGCUGCUGCGUGGCGAAGACAGCUACAUCAAAGUCAUCAACAUGGGCUCGGAGACCAUCAUGUGGCCGCCGGGCGAGGUCCUGCCGAGGGCCAACAGCUGCGAGGAGCCACAGCCAAACAGCCAGGUGUGUUGCAUUUCUACUUGCCCUAGCCAUGCCAUUACAAAUAAUUCGACAUUUGAGGGUAGAAAUAAAAAAAAAUUAAAAGGAGCCAUUAAAUAAUAGGGUCAUUCAGAUUUAAAAAAUACAGUAUAAGCAUUGCUUUGCUAUAUACGAACACACAUGAUUUAGGUAUUGCCAAUUUAGUCCAAAUGCAAAUUAAGCUUACUAGUGAUCAGCCCGUGUAUCGCCACCUUUAAUUUUCUCAUAAUGAACAAACGAUAGUUAAAUCUAAAGCUAAUCAACUUUUAGAUGCCGGCAUUAUAAAAUAAUCUGAAUCGAGUCAUGCUUCACCAGUGGUCUUAUUGAGAAAAAGAACGGCGACAGUAGGCUAUGCGUUAAUUAUCGUGCGUUAAAGGUUAAGGUAAAAUAUAAAAGUAUCCACCGAACAGUACUUCACGAGUUUAGAUUUAGCCCAGGGCUACCAUCAAUUAAGCAUUGUGCCAGACACACAAAAC